AUGAACAUUGACGAGAAAGACAUCAUCAACAAGUCAACAAUGCUGGUCGGAUUCAGUGGAGAAACUAAGAAGACCAUUAGAGAGAUUACAUUGCCUACCUAUGCAAAAGGGAUCAAUCUGCAAGUGAAGUUUCUAGUGAUCGAUACUCUGUCAUCCUACAACAUAAUUUUUGGCAGACCUUGGAUACAUGAAAUGAAAGCCAUCCCAUCUACAUAUCAUGAAAUCAUCAAGUUUCCUACCAGUUGUGGAAUCCAAGUAAUCAAGGGAGACCCAAAGGAAGCCAAAGAAUGCUACAAGAUAGCCUUAAAAGCAACAUCUGCAGAGAAAGAGUCAGCAUAG